AUGCCGCCCAACACCAAGAAGAGCAAAGGCAAGUCUGCCCAGAACAAUAACAAUAACAACGGCAGAAACGCUAAAGUUGCUCAUGGAAAGAACAAGAAACAAGAUGAGAGUGACGAGUUUGAGCGUGUGCUGGCGGAAAUCACCAAGGCCACCGCAGCCAUCGGGAUGAAGAGGGCGAAGCAAAUGGAGCACGAAAAGGUGCGCAAGGAGCGGGAGGAGCGGCAGAAGGAAAAGAAUGAGAAGUCGAAAGGAAUCGAGGAGGAAUUUGAUAUGAUGCUGCGACGAAAGCAGAAGCAUCAACACUUGCAGCAGAUUCUGCAGCAGUUCAUGACCGCGCAGCGCCCUUUUCUUGAUGCGCCCAAUACGGAAUUCCACAGCGAGACGGAGACGCGGAAUCCAAACUUUGAUGUAGCGGUUGGGGCGAUGCAGGGCUGGCGACUCAACAUGGAGGACGAGCACGUCGUUGACGUAGUCUUCCCCGAUGGCGCGUCGGACAGCAAGGAGGGUCUGUUCUGCGUCUUCGACGGUCACUCGGGGAAGGGGUGCGCGACGAAGUGCCGCGAGUUGAUCCCAAAGAUGGCAAGAACAUACGCCACGCGCACGGCCGAUGGGACGUCCACGGUGGACUUCGAAAAGGUGUACAUGGAGGCGGAUAGCGUUUUAGAGAAGGGGCUGCCCGACGAGUCAGGGUGCACAGCGGUCACGGUACACGUCACGCCAGCGUUCAUCACGUGCGCCUCCGUCGGCGACUCCCGCGCGGUGCUGUGCCGCAACGGCGCCGCGUUCCCACUCGCGUACGACCACAAGCCGGAGAAUGAACAGGAGAAGGCCCGUAUCGAGGCGGCGGGCGGCAGCGUGUCGGAGAACCGCGUGAAUGGGCAGCUCGCGAUGAGCCGGGCGAUGGGCGACUUCACGUACAAGGCACAGAAGAGCCGCAGCCCAACGGAGCAGGAGGUCAUCGCCAUGCCGGACGUUAUUCGUCUUCAGCGCGAGAGCGGGGACGCAUGGGUGGUGCUUGCCUGCGAUGGCAUUUUCGACGUCCUCAGCAACGACGAGCUGGUGGAACACGUGCUCAGCAAGAAGCACGAAGGCAAGAGCAACAAACAGAUAUGCGAGGAGAUUUGUCGUGAGUGCUUGGCACCGCCUGCGGAGAACGGUGGCCUCUUUGCGCAUGCGGAGGGCACGGACAACAUGACCAUCAUGAUUGUGGACCUCAAGUAG